AUGCUUGCCAUGGAAUUACAGAGAAUUCUAUCCAGUACAUACCAUGCCGCUCUCCUGCUGCCACUCUCCCUUUUGCUUUGGGGAACAUCAGGCUCUGAAACUGCCAGCGGCUGUUCAUCAUUCCCCUGUGAGAACGGGGGAAGCUGUGAGGAUUUGGAGGGGAGCUACAGGUGCCUCUGCCCCCAGCAACCAGUAGCAUACAUGGGCACAAACUGUGAAUUCCUCUACUCUGUGUGUGCUGUGCACAAAUGUCCCCCGAAUUGGAUAUGCAGUGAAACUGUGGGACUCCUGGAUUAUGAAUGCAUCUGUAGGCCUGGCUUCACAGGUACUGAGUGUAGUGUUAAUAUUAAUGAGUGUGAGAGCAACCCUUGUAAAGGGCCUCAUUUUGAAUGUGUAGAUAGUGCAAAUGGAUACAUCUGCCAAUGCCAAACGGGACCAAAUGGAGAAGGCUGCCGCACUGAACUAUCUGUGUGCUCUAGCCACCCCUGCCAAAAUAACGGGACCUGCAUCGAGGGUGCCGGGAUAUAUACCUGCAGCUGCCAACCUGGUCACACCGGGGCCCACUGUGAAGAUAACAUCGACGAGUGCGCCUCCAGCCCAUGUCAGAAUGGAGCCAUCUGCCUAGACAGGGUGAAUGAGUAUAACUGUUUCUGUGUGCCUGGGUUCCAAGGAAACCGCUGUGAAAUAGACAUCAACGAGUGUGCAUCCCGGCCCUGUAAAAACAAUGGCACCUGCCUGAAUGAGAUGGAUCACUAUUUGUGCAAGUGUGUCCCCGGCUAUACAGGUGUAAACUGUGAUGCUGAAAUAGAUGAAUGUGACUCAGACCCUUGCCAGAAUGGGGGCACGUGCACUGACCACAUUGGGUUCUACACCUGCGCUUGUGCACCAGGUUAUGAGGGAAUCCAAUGUGAGGUGGACAUCAAUGAAUGUGCAAGCCAACCAUGUAUCAACGGAGGGAUAUGUCAUGACCUUGUUGACAGCUACCAGUGUGAUUGCAGUGACACAGGCUUUGAAGGGGAGCACUGUGAGCUGGAUAUCCUGGAGUGCGCCUCCCAGCCCUGUUUGAACAAUGCUACCUGUCUGGAGGGUGUCAAGAAUUACAGCUGUGCCUGCUGGCCAGGUUACACAGGGCAGCGCUGUGAGGAAGAUGUGGACGAGUGUGCUACAGACCCUUGUCACAAUGGAGGCGUGUGCUUUGAGCGCUCCAACCAAACCUACUAUGGGACACGACACGACUUCCCCAGCAAGUUCAGCUAUAGUCAAGCUGCAGGUUUCCUCUGCUGGUGCCAGACAGGUUUUUCAGGGGAGAACUGCUCUGUUAACAUUGAUGAAUGUGAGUCUCAGCCAUGUCAGAACGGAGGGUGCUGCACCGAUCUGGUUAACGGCUUCCUUUGCCAUUGUCUACCAGGAUACUCAGGUGUGGAAUGUGCUGUCAACAUCGACGAGUGCAAGGAUGGCCCCUGCGAGAAUGGGGCUACCUGUAAGGAUGCCAUUGCUGACUACUUUUGCUACUGUGCCCCUAGUCAGGAUGGCAUCAUAUGGGGAGGGAAGAACUGCUCUGUUGAGCUUACAGGGUGCCAGAUGCAUGCUUGCCAAAACGAGGCCUUGUGCAUCCCAACAUACCAAGCUGAGACCCAUGGACACCUUUGCCAGUGCCAGCCUGGUUUCUACGAUGCCAAAUGCUCAACGCCAACAACAUUUUCCUUCAGUUCCCGAGGGUAUAUCUUCAUUGACAUGCCCAUGAGUAAUAAUUGGAGCAGGAGGGAUGUGGCAGGGGACUACCUGGCCACGGUGUCUCUCCGGUUCCGAACCACCUUGCCUGAUGCCAUCCUCUUCUACCGGGGCAAUGAAGCAGAAUACCUGUUCCUGGAGCUCUCUGAUGGCAUGCUGCAUGUGGGGCUAAGGAGAGACGAUGCUGAAUCCUCUUUGCCCUUGAAGGGGCUGAGGGUUGAUGAUGGCCAGUGGCACAAAGCUGAGGUUCUUCUGCAGGACUCUCUACAGUUAAAGCUCUGGCAUAAAGCUUGCGACACAGGAGUCUGCCUGCAGGACUUGCCUACUAGAGACGGUGUCGCUUCUCUCUCACCUGCCUUCCUAAAAACUUACAUUGGGGGAGUUGAUAGAGACUCGACAGCUAACAAUACACGGAGCCGGGGGAGUUUCAUUGGCUGCCUGGAGGACCUGCAGAUUGAUUAUCAGGCUAUUCUUCCCUUGGAUAUACCCCACCACGAAUCCUCCCCAGUGGAGCUGGGCUGCAACAGGACAGAAUGGUGCCAUUCCCAGCCCUGUUCUCAGAGAGGCCUGUGUGUAGACCUCUGGGCAACCUUUAGGUGUGACUGCACUAGGCCUUACGAAGGCCAAACCUGUUCACAUGAGUACCCAGCAGGAACAUUUGGCUUGGAGGAUUCCUCCAGCUUUGCUUCCUUCACAAUUGCUGAUAAUCCUGGUGCAAACUUCAACGUCUCCUUUUUUAUCCGUACUCUGAAGCCAAGUGGCCUAGUGCUGCAAAUCAGCAAUGGGACUGACCCCUGCCUCACUGUGUAUCUGAAGAGUGGCCAGCUCCAGAUAGCAACAUCAUCUGCAAAUGCUGUGACUUUCUCAGAAAACCUGGCUGAUGGGAGGAGGUAUCUGGUAACUCUCACCUUCCAAGGAGGAAGAGUUCAUGCCAGCCAUUCAGACAGAGAUGUGGAGCUAGGGCAGCUGGCAGUGCUGCCUCUUGUAGCUGGUUUUGAGGUGUAUGUUGGUGGACUUCCUCACCAAGACCAUGUGAGCACAUGGGGAGGAUAUUUUAAAGGCUGUCUUCAAGAUUUCCAGCUCAACAACCACCGAAUGGAGUUCUUUCCUACUCAGGCUGAGAACUACAGUCUGCCACAAAAGGUGUACGUGGGACAAACCACUAACCUCGCACCGGGCUGCAUCUCUGAUGACACCUGCAAGUCUGGGCCAUGUCACAAUGGUGGCACAUGCACUAUCACCUGGAAUGACUUCAGUUGCAGUUGUCCAGCAAAUUUCACUGGGAAAACCUGUGAGGAGAGAGUCUGGUGUGCAAGUGACCCUUGUCCCAAAGCCACUUCCUGCGUGGAUGUUCCAGCAGGAUACGUAUGUCUGGCUAAUGCAACAUUUCAUGGCAAUGCUGCCAUUGAAUUCACCACCAAUGCUUCAGUCACCAGAGCUCUCAACAGCCUCCACCUAGACUUCAAAACCAGGGACGAAGACGCCAUUUUGCUCUGGGCUACUGAAGAGGUGGACUCCCUCCAAAUUGCCAUUCAGAACUCCACUCUGCUUGUGGAUAUUAGAAGUGGGAACAGCAUUGAAGGGGUCAGUUUCCUGAGUCAGACACCCAUCGCGGAUGGCACCUGGCACAGAGUCUCUCUGUCUAUGGAAGAGCCGUCUGUGGUGUCUUCAAGGUGGCUAGUUCAUUUGGAUGGUUCUGUGAACGUGACUCUCCAGGGGAAUGCUGGGAACCUGGACUUCUUAAAGAACAAUGUGCUGAUUGUACUAGCUGAGAACUUCACAGGCUGCCUUGGACAUGUGAACAUAGGGGGAGUAUAUCUGCCGUUCACUGGCCAGCUCUCUUACCCUCAGCCAGAGCAGUUUCUGCAGUCUAGCAGGGGACCCAUCCAGCUGGGCUGCACUGGGGCUGAUGUGUGCGCUUCGAGCCCUUGUCUCAAUGCGGGCACUUGUGAGGACUUGUUUAACUCCUUCAGGUGCGCCUGCAGUGCCGGAUGGGAGGGGCCUCUGUGCGAGUCUAACAUCGAUGACUGCAAGUCCAGCCCGUGUGUCCACGGGGACUGCGUGGACUCAGUGGCAGAUUUUCAGUGCGACUGUUUCCGGGGCUACAUUGGGAAGAAGUGUAACAUCAAUGUGGACGAUUGCAUGCGACACCAGUGCUUAAAUGGAGGGACCUGUGUCGAUGGGGUUUACAGCUACUCCUGCACGUGCCCAGCCCAGUACUCAGGGCCUCGCUGCGAAUGGCCGUUUCCACCUCAACAGUGCGGCAAAAACUUCACCUGUCUGAACGGAGGCAAAUGUACCAGUGGGACAUGGGGAGCCAACUGCACCUGCAAGCCGGGCUUCACCGGAAGGAAAUGUCAAAUUAACAUCAAUGAGUGUGAUCCAAACCCGUGCCAGAAUGGAGGGACAUGCCAGGACUCUGUGAACAAGUACCAGUGUGUGUGCAGUGCCAGCUACACCGGAGAGCGCUGUGAUGUUGAUAAAGGGACUCCAGGUGCUUUCUUCCCAUUCCCGUUAAUUGAAGUAGCUGCCCCUGUAGCCUGUGGCUGUUUGCUGCUACUUAUUAUUGGUCUCAUAUUCAUGAUUCUCACUGCAAGGAAGAGGCGCCAGUCGGAGGGAACCUACAGCCCAAGCCAGCAAGAGGUGGCAGGAGCUCGCUUGGAGAUGGACAGUGUCCUAAAGGUGCCACCGGAGGAGCGUUUAAUAUAG